AUGAAUCCGGAAGAUACCUAUCGAUGUGUGCAAAACCGCUACGCUGGAGUUGCGAGGCAGACGGACGACGCUCAUAAACCGGGAGACCAUAAACGCAAAGUCGCAAGGGCGUUUGGGUAUGAUCUAGAGGAUCUGCGUUCUAUUCCAGAAAACGCGAAUUUAGGUGUUAGCUGUGGGAAUCCAUUAGCAACGGCAAACAUAGGUGUGGGCGAGGUUGUGAUUGAUUUGGGUAGUGGCGGGGGCAUUGACGUUUUGCUAGCGGCAAAGAAGGUUGGAGGGGAAGGAAAGGCCAUUGGUAUUGAUAUGACCAAGGACAUGCUGGAAUUAUCACGUCGGAACGCAAGGAACGCCGGUGCCCACAAUGCAUCGUUCAUAGAAGCGUUCAUUACUUCUAUACCGUUACUAUCGUCCACCGCUGAUUGUAUCAUCAGUAAUUGUGUGGUAAACCUAGUGCCGGAAGUUGAAAAGCCUCUGGUCUUUCAGGAAAUGUUCCGUCUACUGAAGCCAGGAGGUAGGGUUGCCAUUAGCGACAUCCUGGCGAAACGAGAGCUUCCGAUGGGGAUCAAGAAGGAUCUCUCCUUAUAUGUUGGCUGUAUAGCUGGUGCUAGCCAGGUUGCCGAUUACGAAAGAUAUCUGAAGGAAGCAGGGUUCCAAGAAGCAGUGAUACUGGACACUAAUGCCGAUCUCAAUAUUUACAAGGAGAUGUGGAAGAACGAGAAAGACAAUGGGCCGGACCCUACGGGAUCAUGCUGUGAUACAACGAAUAACAGUACCAGCGGGGAGAUAAACAAUCUCUCAGAGGUUGAUCUCAACAUCUGGACUGGUGAGUUGGCCUUCACAAGAACCUAG